UUGCAACAGGUGGGCAGAGGUAAUAGAAGGAUGGAUAGAUGAGGGAGAGGAGGAGGAGGGAAGGGGAGGAGAAAGAGCGGUAUAAAACACGCCGUCCAUCUCGACGUCUUCAAAGCAGCUUGUGUUCCUCGCUCUUGUUUUCUGAAGAAAGUGAAGACAGCACUCCUCCAACUCUCAGAAUGUCCGCCUUCAACUCUGAGAACGCCUCCACCCUGGAGAACGCCAUGCAGCUGAUGAUCCAGACCUUCCACAAAUAUUCCGGCAACGAAGGCGACAAGUACACGCUCAGCAGAGCCGAACUGAAAGAGAUGCUGACACAGGAGCUGGGGAACUACCUGGGGAACGCCCAGGACAAGGAUGCCGUGGACAAGGUCAUGGGUGACCUGGAUUCCAACAACGACGGCGAGGUGGACUUCACAGAGUUCAUCAUCCUGGUGGGGGCGCUCACCGUGGCCUGCAACGACUUCUUCCUGGAGUACCACCAAGACGAAACCAAGAAGACCCCCAAGAAAGACUAGGCGCCAUCUUGUUUCUCUGAACUCAAGCCAACACAUGACCACAGAAUGAUGGAGGGUGGGGGACAAGGAAUGAUUUGGAGAGAGGGAGGGGGACCUUCAUGCGUACGAUCCUUACCCACCUACCGGUGCAGAGUAACACCACAACACGCUCGUCCCCUGGUGGUGGGUGUCCAUGGGUGUCUCCUGAAGUGAAUUCUUGAGUGAGAAAUGAAGAGUAAGGGAGUGAGAUCCAGUUCAAUGACGGUCAUUGUUGAAUAUGUGAAUAUUGUCCCUGUCUUUUCUUUCAUUCGUUUUUUAAAAACCUUUUUUUUUUGGCGUUUUGAUCAUUUUGAGUCCAUUCUUCUGCGUUAUAAUAAAGCUCAAGUUUUAAAGACACAA